AUGGAUUUUUCUGAAGAAUCAUUAAGAGAGAUUCUACUGAGUUUACCUGUGAAAUCGUUGUUAAGAUUCAAAUGUGUGUGCAAAAAUUGGGGCAAUCUUAUCAAUAACCGUAGCUUCACUAUAGACCACUGUAAUAAGAAGAAGCCUCCGCAACACUUGAUUUAUGAUUAUGGUGCAACCGAUGAUGCUCCUACUGUCACUUUGGUUUCCGAUAAGGGUAUAGAUGAACAAAAAAAUUUUCAAAGAUUUGGAGAUAAUAUUACCAACUUGUUAGGUUCUAUUGAUGGUGUGUUUUUCAUAGAAAGACAAAUUGAUAAUGCCAUUUUGUGUACAUUAUGGAAUCCAGCUAACAGAGAGGUGAGACACCUCCCUGCCGCAACAAUUGAUUUUAUACCUUAUAAUAAACACUAUCGUCAUUUAGUGUUCGGAUUAGAGCCUAUGACUAAGGAUUAUAAAGUGCUUUACUAUGAUCCUUUGAAAGAAUAUGCAGCGGUCUACUCAGGUUGUAGGGAUUCAUGGAGAAUAUUCAAACAUAACCUAGACGUAGACGUAGAUGAAAAUAAUAUAUUUGAAAUAAACAGUUUAAAAACUACUGAUUAUCUGAAUGGAUAUUACUAUUGGCUGGUAAGGGAGAAUAAUAAAUGUAGAAUUGUUUCAUUUGACUUUGGGAAUGAGGUGUUUGUAGAUAUGGAAGGGCCACCAGCUGGUCACGAGGAUUAUCAUUGGUUGGCAAGUCUGAUGUUGCUUGGUGACUCCCUUGGCAUCUUGAACUUUGUCGACGGGUUUGUUCAUGAUGUAUGGAUUCUUGGACAGAGUAUUAGCAAUAGUAACAGAGGAGGACAACCUGAAAUCUCUCAAUCUAUGGAAGCUAAACUUGGUCCAUCGCGUAGAAGAACUAAAAUCGAUAAUAAGAAUGGAUUCAUGGACAGAGCAGCAAAGGAGGGGAACCCGAAAUCUCCUAAACUAUAUGGGCAUACGCGCAACAACACGCAUUCUCAGUCUUAUAUGGGCAUACGCGCAACAACACACAUUCACAGUCCAACAAGCCAAAACAAUGGAAUCCCAUUAACAAUGCAAGAGUUAUAA